AUGGACAGCCUCGAUCUGCCUACCCACCAGCUCAUCCUGGAUGACUUGGCUCUCAACCUCGCCCAGGACAUUGCCAACAUCCCUUCGGCUCGCUCUCGUGUUCGAUCUCUUUUCGAUCAGCGUGCUACCACUAGCAGAGUCACGACUGGAUCCAAGCUUUUCCUCUCCGCCUCGGCUGCUCGUACCCAGAUCAGUCUUGCGCUCUUUGCUUCGUCGAUCUCUUCGGCUUCUUACGACACCACCGACAUCAAGAACGAUGAGCAUCUUGUCCCUGUCCUUGAUGACCUCGAGCAGCUCAUCCGUCAACUUACGCUGAUCGACUUUGAUCAGCAGACCAGCUGCACUGCUCAUCCUCUGCCUGACCAGCUCGCCUAUGCGCUCGUUUCCAGCUUCUUGCAGGUCUCGAUCAAUGCUCCUCAUCACCGUGCUCGUUGUGUGCAUGCCCUCUUCGAUCUCGCUGCCAAGCUAGGCGAUGCGCUCCGUGCUACCUCGGGCGAUGCUCACACUCUGGUCGUCAAGCUCGUCCCGCUUUUCAACGGUUUGUACAGGGCUAUUGCCAACACUUCCUUUGGUUGGAAGCUCCACGAAUUCGCUCGUCUUGCCGAGGUGCUCAACCCUAUCUUGACCUCCUCCCAGACCGUGAGGAGGCUCAAUGAGGCUCUGCUUCUUCUUGAUGAUCAGGCCACCAUUCGUCAGCAAGCUGGUCGCGCUACCAGGCGUGCUCCCAAGGUGGCCGCUCUCCUCCCUACGGAUGUCCAGUCCGAGGCUAGUGUCGAUACCUUCUUCUCCGGCGAUGAGGAUGAGGAUGGUGCCCAUCUCAUUCCUCCCGAUGGUGGCUUCACUUUUGCUGAUCGAAACACUGCAGGUGCUCAAGAUGCUUUGGACUACCGCAUCUCUUUGCUCGCUCGCUAUCGUCAAGCUGGCGUGCCUCUCUCGGGUCACUACAUCCUUCUCUCAUCGAUCCAUAUUCUCGAGACCACUCUCGCUCAGGCUCUUGCUUUGGCUGCUACUCCUUCUAUCAAGCACUUUUCCGACUUCCAGAAGCUCGGUCUUGAUCUCCACCCUAUCAAUCCCAGCCGUCAAUCCCAGGCUGAUCGAUUCCAUCUCGACUCCGCCGCCAACGAGGACGACGCUGAGCAUCUCCACAGUCGUGCUGUAUUGGCUUCUACUGCCGCUAAGAAGGCUUGGGAAUCGCUGCUUCGCUUCUCGAUCCAACCUGACUUUUCCAACUCGGCUACCACCACCACCAAUGCUUCCACUGCCAACGGAAGCACUGUGGGUGGCCUCCUCGCUGCCGUCCCUCUCAUCGGCACUGGCACCACCGACAAGUCGGCCGCUUUCGGCGACUCCUCCACUACCCACACCGCCGAAUCUACCCUUCACGACCUCGAGGAAACCCUCUACGACGUCCUCCGUGCCAGCAACCGCAGCUUCCACGACAUCCAACGCUUCCUCCUCAGCGAACGUCUCAAGAGCAUCGAACUCUUCCCCGAGCUUCACCUGCCCGAGAUUCUCGCUGAAAGUCUCAAACUCUCCGCCCUCUGCUCUGUCGCACGCAGCUUGGCUGGGGAGGACAAGAAUGUCGAUAACGACCUCUUUGUUCGCAUCCGUUCUCUCCUCUCCGAAAACGCUCCCGUGUUGGAGCCUCGAGUUCAAGAUGCGGCGCUACAAAGCGUAGGUGUGUUGGUGCGAAACAACUCCUCGUUGGCUCUGCCGAUGACGAGGGUUUUGCGUCACUUUGUCACUUUGCCGUUGAGUAUCUUUAUGCCUAAUCCACGUGCAGUUAGCUCGCCGGUGCUGUUGGCUGCCGCUCGCUGCUUGGCUUCCUGCGUUACGAUUGCUCCGGGCGAUGAUUUGGUCGUUUCGACCAUGUACAGUCUGCUUAAUUACUUGGGCAGGGACACUCCAGGUGGGUUGGGCGUGGGAGGGGUUGCCGGAAGUGGCGUUUCCGUUCGCAGUGGUGCUUCUCGUGCCAUCACCACGCGAGACACGGUCGAUGGAAUGCCCAUGUCUGGCUCGCAAGCCAAUAUCUCCGCGAGAUCGGAAGAUCAGAGACGACUCAUCAACCUUGGCACGAUUACCGUUAUCUCUCGUCUUGCACUUGAGGUGGGCAAACCCGACGUGACGGCAUUGACCAUUUCCAUGUUGUUGCAACGUCUUCGUAAUGCCGAUGUCUCUGCUGAGGCUGCGAUUUUGGAUAAUGUAGUGCCGCUGGCUCUUGCUGGUCCACGCAGCGCCUACAUUGAUGUGGUUAGAGCGUUGUCAGCUGUAUCCCGAAGUGCCUUGACUGGAGGCGCAAACCGUCGUGCAGCAGUAGCAGUUGUGUCUGCUCAACUCAAACUCGCUCGUGGUCUUGGUCGUCUCGAUGAGCGAGACGAACGAGACUCUUCCGCUGCAGAUGAGAACCAAGCUUCGGGUGGGAGGAAGGAGAUUUUCCUCAUCGAGCUGCUUCAGCUUUUCGUUGAAAAGGGAAUCCAACUCCAGACGGUCGCUUCUUCGCCCAAGAGUAGCGCAGAAGAGCUCGCCGAACUCAACACUGAUCUCGCCACCCUUCUCCCCGCCAUCGCUGCGCUGUUGGAGCACAAAGACAUCCACCCAGAGGUGCAGCCUACAACAGAAAUCGUCUCCUUGUUCCGUAACAUGUGGUUCCUUUCCGUCCUUUUCGGUUUCGCUUCGCCCAAAAACUGCAGCAGUAACGUUGCAGCGGACGGAUCUGCCACUGCUGCCCCCACUUCCGUAGCACAAGCUCAAGCUCAGAUCGUGGGCAGAUCACUCAGUUCGAUCUCGCUCAAGACUCCUACGCUUGUGCCUGAAACUGCGCAUAACUACCUCGAGAGCGAUCUGGAGUACAACUCGGUACUCAAGCGAGACUUUUCCAACCAGACGCUCGAUUCGCAGAGGAAAGCUUUGAGUGCUGUGAUUGCCACGCAUGCAAGCGAUAUUCGCUCGUUCAGCUAUGCUCAGGUGACCUUCCUCUCGACGAUCUACAAUUUGGAGUGUCUGCGCUCCAGCAUGGGUCGCCCCUCGAUGGUGCUUUCCUACUUCACCAAUGAAGGGCUGAACAGCAGCGCGCUGGUAGGCGCUAUGCAGGCUAUUGCAGAUAAGGUGAUUGAAUCCUUCAUCCGCCAUCUCGGCUCGCAGGUCAGCAGGCACUCGCUUGAUCCUCGUGUUUCGAACGAGGUUAAGAACCUUAUGCUUGCAUGCUGUCACCGGGUUGCCAAAGUUAGACAGGUCUCGCAGAGUAUCCUCAACAAGCUUAUCUACGCUCUUCCCUCAUUGCUAUGCGAGCAGGAUGUGGUGACGACCAUGCUCGAAAUCCUCACCUUGCUCAGAGACGGAUGCGAGGCAGAGUUCAAGGACGAAUUCGCACCGGUGUAUAGCUAUACGUCCGACCGAGCUGGGAUCUCGUUCGAUCUUUCGGAUUCCUACACGCAGAGGAACGAGAUUCUGUCGCUGUUCUUGGCCAAGUCGAGGGAGUAUCUUUCGCUGAUUAUGGGUUUGGCGCCACUGGAGGUGCAAGGUAUUUUAGAGAGGUAUCUGGCAACAUUCGACGAUUCCAUUCUCCCCGACCGGAGCGAGCUGGGUAAGAGUAUCGCACUCGAAUAUGCUCGAAGCAUGCCCCUUUCCGCCCGUAAGGAACGUCUCCUCCCCGCACUCGGCGGUUGGAGAUCAGACGCAACUAGCUCGUUCAUCGGUAAACUUUCCGCCAAAUCCACCUAUCUCGGUGAAAUGACGGGUAUCCAUCACGCCCUAAGCAAAGGCCUCAUCGAACUCUCCAAGGACCCGAGCAACAACACAUCUCCUUCCUCCGUUGCUGAGUGUCGCGAGCAACUCGCUGCACUCUCCAACAACGUUGGUGCCAAACGCAAAACCCUCCCUCUUGCCGAGCUCAGAAGAUUACUCUACCGAACAGCAGCACUCAUAGUUGCCCUUCCCAAUCCAGACUACGAGUUGCUGCACUUGAUCGUCUCGAUCCCCAUCCUCGUCUUGACACCGGAAGCCAUCUCCACGGCGUGUUCCGUCUGGACAUGGGUCAUCGGAGCACGACCCGAGGUCGAGGCCAAGAUCAUGGUCGAACUCACCAUCGGUUGGGCUUGCACGAUUGUCAAUCGUCGCGGCAUCUUCUCCGCUUCCCUUACCGCUAAACAUCCCUUCCUUCGCAAAACCGAAAUGGGAGCAUUCAAUCGCGACGAGAUCACAGCCGAACAGGAGCAGGCGACGAGGCUGUUUACUCCGCAUUUGACGCUCGUCCAUCUGAUCGCGAGCAGGUUCGAGGCGUUGAGGUAUAGAAAUGCAAGCUUGGUGCUUACGUUGGCGAGGUUGGUUCAGUAUACAGGUGCAGCGGUGGAGAGGAUGAGUACUCAUCCACUUGCCAGGGAGGUGAGGUUUAGCUUGUUGAAUUUCGGGUUUAGGUUGAUCCAGACUUGUCAAUUGGAAGCCUUGGCGGAAUAUCAGUUGAGGGAAAGCUUGUAUAGCUUGGCUUAUGGUUGGUUUGAGGCGGCGCCGCAGUGGAGUUUCGGGGGGAAUCGGCUUCAACUCAGCGCGGAUAUGCAGGUGUUGGCUGAGACGUUGCAGUUGUUACAGAAGGAUACGAUGAGAGCGGAUCAACAUGUUACCAGUUUCCCUGCCACUCUCUCCGCCGUUCGCAUGCCCCGUGGUUUGACGCUGCAAGAUGCCAUCAAGUCGUUCGAAGAGAAGAAAAAGGUGUUGCAGCUGCUCAUCGAAAACGAAUACUCUCGGCUCUCGGUCUGGGCUAACCCGCUAAACACCCCCACUCGUGGAUCUGACUUCACUGGAUCCCUCACCAAGUCUCUCACCGAAACCUCCUGGCCCUCAAUGGUGCAGUCGGCAUGGAAAAUCAACCCUCUCAUCGCCAUCCAACUCGGCGUACGUUUCCCGCACCCUAAAACUCUCCAUACCACCCUCGGCCAUCUCGUCCGUUCUCAACCCUACAAAGUACUCUCCUCACCCACCUCUCUCAAAUACCUUGUCGAAGACCAUCUUCAACUGGCACUCCACGAAAACUCGGAGCUAAAAUGGCUCCUCUACUGGUCACCUAUCUCUCCCAUCGAAGCAAUCAACAUCUUCCAACCAGAAUACAACUCUCACCCCCUCCUCCUCCAAUACGCUAUGCGGUCGCUCGAACAACACCCGGUGGAACUUACAUUCUUCUACGUUCCACAGGUAGUACAAGCUCUGAGAACAGACGCGUAUGGCUACGUGGAACAAUUCAUAUUGGAAACGUCAAAGAUCUCACAGCUCUUCUGUCAUCAGAUCAUUUGGAACAUGAAAGCUAACUCGUAUAAGGACGAUAAUGCACAGGUUGAGGAUGCGAUCAAGCCGAUAUUGGAUCGUAUGGUUUGCAAUAUCGUAUCAGCUCUCUCGGGUAAGGCUAGGGACUUUUAUGAGAGAGAGUUUGCGUUUUUUAACCAAGUCACUAGUAUCUCAGGCAAACUUAAGCCCUAUAUUAAGAAGAGUAAGUCUGAGAAGAAGGCGAAGAUCGAUGAAGAAAUGGCAAAGAUCGAUGUGGUCCCAGGAGUGUAUCUUCCAAGUAAUGCGGAUGGGGUAGUUGUUGAUGUUGAUCGGAAAUCUGGACGUCCGUUACAAUCGCAUGCUAAAGCACCUUUUAUGGCUACCUUCAAGGUUCAUAGGGAAGUCAUUAGGCCAGGAGAUGAGGGAGAUGAAGAUACACCAGCUCGAAAAACUCACAUUGAUGUAUGGCAAGCAGCUAUAUUCAAAGUCGGUGAUGAUUGUCGUCAAGACCUACUUGCUCUGCAAGUAAUAGCGAUGUUCAAGAAUAUCUAUACAACUAUAGGCAUGCAUGUCUAUCUAAACGCAUACCGUGUCACUGCAACCGCUCCCGGUUGUGGAGUUAUCGACGUAGUUCCCAACGCAACCAGUAGAGACGAAAUGGGUAGAGCAAAAACCAACCAUCUCCUUACCUUCUUCAUCGACACUUACGGAAACAUAGACUCAAUACCCUUCCAAAAUGCCAGGAUGAACUUCAUCCAAAGCAUGGCCGCCUAUUCCAUAGUUUGCCAUAUCCUUCAAAUAAGAGACCGACACAAUGGAAAUAUGAUGAUCGACAAAGAUGGCCAUAUCGUUCAUAUUGAUUUCGGUUUCCUAUUCGAUAUCGGUCCAGGUGGUAUGCGAUUCGAACCUUACUCCUUCAAGCUUAGCCAUGAAAUGAUUGAUCUCAUGGGUGGUCCAGAGAGUCAAGGAUUUAGAUUGUUCGAACAAUUAGUUGUAAAGGCUUUUUUGGCAGUUAGACCAUGGUGUGACGAGAUAGUAGAUACGUGUAAACUUAUGCUCGGUACUGAAUUGCCGAGUUUUAAAGGGACCGCGACAAUAGAAAGGUUGAGACAAAGGUUUAGGCCCGAGUUGGGAGAGAGAGAGGCAGCCGAGCAUGCCAGGUGGUUGGUGAAGGAUGCGUAUGGCAAUAAGAGGGCAGUGUUGUAUGAUAAAUUGCAGGAGGUUACGAAUGAUAUUCCUUUCGCUCGCUAA